CAGAGGUCCCCCUGUUCAUUUCCCAUGCCAGACAUGGCAUUCACUCCAUGGCUGCUGAAGAGGGACUGGUACUGCUGCAGAUGACCACUUGGAGGCCACUUGUCUUCAAUUAUCAACAGAGGUGUGCUAGUGAAUAUGAGGAUGGGAGCCACGAAAGCCCCUCAAGUCAACAGAACGGUUGGUGAAUGCAACCCGUGGUUAAUGAAAAGACUCCCUGUACUCGUUUAAUGGCCUUGUCUGUUUUUCAGUGCAUUGAUGUGGUAUUUUUUACACCCUCCAUCCCAUUUUCUGUGUUCGGUAUUCUAUGUUAGGAUGGCCCAAAUUGUUUGCUCUCUUUGAAAAGUCAAAGAAAAACGUAAAUACUGUCAAGAUAAGAACCAAUACUGGAGAGCAGAAAUAGAAGCAGAAAUAGAAGCAGAAACAUUCCUUCCUCUGGCACUGUGGCACAUCCCAACCCAGCCAUGGCAGAAACAUGCACAGCACCAAACAGGAACUUAAGUGUUUCGGUAGAAUAUCCGGAAAAAACAAAAGUUACAUCUCCUUCACUCUCUCCCUAGUGUUUCUGGUUUCUUGUUUGUGUAGGUAUGCCGUCGUUACAGGGGCAAACAAAGGAUUAGGGUUUGAAAUCUGUAGGCAAUUAGCUUCAAAUGGAAUCACUGUGGUAUUAACAGCCAGGGAUGAGAAAAGGGGAACUGAAGCUCUAGAGAAACUCAAGGGGUCUGGACUGUCCGACCUUGUGGUGUUUCAUCAGCUUGAUGUAGCCAAUCCAUCUAGUAGUGCUUCCCUUGCUGAUUUUGUCAAGACCCAGUUUGGGAAGCUUGAUAUCUUGGUGAACAAUGCUGGAAUUGGUGGGGCCAUCAUUGAUUGGGAUGCUGCCGCUGCUGGGUCUAGAGACCAAGUAAAUUGGAAUGAGUUGAUGACUCAGACUUACGAGUUGGCGAAAGAAUGCUUGGAAACAAACUACUAUGGAGCUAAAGGGAUGAUUGAAGCAUUUAUUCCCCUCCUCCAGUUAUCUGAUUCGCCGAGAAUUGUCAAUGUUUCUUCUGGCAUGGGGAAGUUAAAGAAUAUACCAAGUGAACGGGUUAAAGGACUAUUGAAUGACGCUGAAACCCUCACAGAAGAUAACAUAGACGAGUUACUAAAUGAGUUCCUCGAAGAUUUCAAGGAGAACUCAUUAGAAAACAAAGGUUGGCCCGCCUUUUCCUCUGCUUAUAUAGUAUCCAAAGCAGCUAUGAACGCAUAUACAAGAAUUCUGGCCAAGAAUUAUCCAACUUUCCGCAUCAACUGUGUAUGCCCUGGUUAUGUCAAAACAGAUAUGAACAACUACAGUGGUAUUUUUAGUGUAGAAGAAGGUGCUGAACAUCCGGUGAGAUUAGCAAUGCUUCCUGAUGAUGGUCCCACCGGCGUCUUCUUUGUUCAGAAAGAAGUAGCUUCUUUUGUUGGGUGAAUAUUAUUAGUUCCACUCUCUCAGAUGAAGAUGGAACUAAAUCCUGUGUAAUGUACCUAAAAGACAAAUGCCUGUGAUAGUUGUGUAACAGCUGUUAUAAACAACUUGAGCCUUGGGGUGAUUAAAUUAUAUUGUGAAUAGUAUUGUCAGCAUGCAUGUAAGGGUUUGCGCUAUGAAAAUCUUAAUAUUUCUCA